UCCUGAAACUGGGCUCUUUUGUAACCAGGGAAAACGAUAUCGCCCUUCCGGUAACAGCCGGCUAGUUAAACCCCGAGUGGUCUAUAGGGGAGAAGACCAGACGGACGGCGUGGAAGACUCCUCCAUUCGACGCCCAUAAACCCUAGAGUUGCUGCUCUGUUGAUCGCGGUUCCCUGGGAUUUUUUCGAUCGAUUCCUCAGCUUGCCGGGCUCUAGAUCUCUUCCCGCCCUUCAGUCAUGGCCAGAAACCUGAGGCUUCUUGGUUUUCUGGCUCUGAUCUGUGCGUCUCUGUCCAUCUCCGGGGCCGCCGUCAUUCGGCCGAUCAAUGAUGCCCACCGAUCCGCCGCAUUGGAGCUCUUUGUGCCGACAAAUGGAUCGUUCGGAAG